UCAAGAAUCACAUUUACGUGUGGGACAAAACUGUGACACUAGAAGAAAAUAUUGGGGGUCCACAACUCAAUAUACAUUGAAUUUGUUGGUUAAUUUCUUCUUCUUGACUGUGACUGUGAGGAAAAAAAUCUGAGAAAGAAGCUAUGUCAUCAUCUUGGAAUUCAGAACCACUCCAUGUUUCCUAUGAAGCUCUGGGCUGGUUUGCUUUUGUUUGCUGGUCCAUCAGUUUCUACCCACAAGUCAUCUUAAACUUUCGAAGGAAAAGUGUGGUGGGGCUGAACUUUGAUUUCAUAGUGCUGAAUCUGACCAAGCACACAGCCUAUCUCAUAUACAAUGCAUCUUUGUACUUCAGCCCUGCCAUUCAGAAACAGUACAGAGAGAAAUAUGGAGAGAAACAGAUGAUACCUGUGGCGGCUAAUGAUGUUGCUUUCUCAAUCCAUGCCGUUCUUUUGACAGCAAUUUCCCUGUUCCAGAUUGCAAUCUAUGAUCGUGGAAGUCAGAAAAUCUCAAAAAUCGCUUAUGGGAUCCUCCUUGUUGCGUGGUCGGUCGCUGCAGUGUGUUUCUUUAUAGCCUUGCACAACCAUCAUUGGCUCUGGCUGCUCUCAAUCUUCACUGCAAUCCAAAUCUCUAUGACGGUUAUCAAAUAUAUUCCCCAGGCAGUGAUGAACUUCAUGAGAAAAAGCACAGAUGGAUGGAGCAUUGGCAACAUUCUACUAGACUUUUCAGGAGGAUUAGGAAACUAUUUACAAAUGGCAAUGCUAUCAAUAGAUCAAGGUUCUUGGGUGAACUUCUCUGGAAAUAUUGGAAAACUACUCAUAUCCCUGAUAUCUGUAUUCUUUGACAUCCUCUUCAUGAUCCAACACUAUCUACUAUAUCCUGCUUCAAAACGCAAAUCAGAGACAUCUCCUGACCUAGAUAAUCCCAAGUCUUCCAAUAGGCAAUUGUCUGAUAAUGUCUAGGAUGUAACUUGUUUUACAAUACUUCAAGGAAUGAACUAUUUCUAGCUAUUUGCAAUUUUUCCUAUUGGGAGAAAAUUAGAUAGAUAUAUAUCCAACCCUUAAGUUGUAAAUGCUAUCAUAGUCCAAUUACAUUGAAGCAGCAUCAAAGUCUUUAGUGUCCAUUUGUUCUGUAAAAUUUGAUCCUCUAUAGCCAAUUUCUCUUUAUCUCUUCUCCAUCAGAUAUUUGAGCUAUUAAUUAUAUAUCCGAGCUUUUUUUUGACGACUAGA